GAAUGGAAUCAUUUACCUACCCCCCCAAGUUAGAUGCUUUUACACAAUUCAACAGCACCCUACCCCUAACCCUUGGGAUUUGGCCAAUUGUCUUGUUCAGGUUCAGGAUAUAUCAAUCAAAUCAACCAAAUAGAGUGAAUGUACGUCCUAGUUUUUCCUUUCCUUUUCCAAAACCUAUCCUGUUUUUUCUGGGUUAGAAAUCGAAACACAAAAUCCCAAUAUAACAGGACAAAACUAGGUAUUUUAUUUGAUUUAUAAAUAAAUAAUUUACUAAUUAGUUUUCUAGUACAGUAUUUUAGAAAAAGAUGCAAAGAUAGUGUAUGGAAAAAAGUAGAAGCAGAAGAAGUAGAAGAAUAGCAUCAUCUUCAAAUCCUUGAUGUAAUCAGUGAUUAUAGAGAGGGUUAUAGUUAAUCAUCGAUUCAUAAAUGUUGUUUACUUCAUCUUCUUCUCAUUCUCUCUUUGCUCGUCCAAUUAAGCCUUUUUCUCGUCCCCCGACACUUCGUCCUUUUCCUACCACCUCUUUUCGGAUCCCCAAUUCUCGUUUCAAUCCUUCAAACAACAAAUUGAGUAUUCUGUGCUUUAGGCAUGAAGAGGAUAAUUCUUCAGAAACGCCCAAACCAGAUUUUAUAGAUCACUGUUUUCAUGAGGAAUUGGUGCAAUCCGAAUCAAGGGACCCUAAUGUUGUCAAAAGAGACUGGAAGUCAAUCGUUCCUAAGGCUGCAAAUGAAGUAUUCAAUGGGAUUGGUUAUCGAUGGGUUGUACCAUGGAGUGCAACGACCAUAUUAAAAGUUAUGCUUCUUUGGACAUCGGCCUUUUGGUUUAUAGGAUCUUGGAUGAUUCCUUUUGCAGCCCAUAUAACUGGCUUUAGCAAGGAUUCUUUGACAUUUAGAGGGCAGGCCCUAUUUAGCCUCGUCACUGAUGUAACUGAAGGACUAGCUGGAAUUGCAAUUCUUGUUCGUUGUCUUUCACGAUUCCGUCCCCUUCCACCCGACUGGUUCAAGUUUAGCCCGGAAGGAAAAUGGCAUUUUGAUGUUGUCAUGGGUUGUCUCAUGUUUCCUCUUGUCAAUCGGCUCUCUCAGUUCAACCUUGACCUACUACCUAUCCUGCCAUCGACACAGGUCACCCUUUCAAGUGUUGAACAAUCAAUAAAAGCAAGGGAUCCUGUGGCAAUGUUGCUGUAUGCAAUUGUAGUAUCAGUCUGCGCUCCUGUGUGGGAGGAAAUAGUUUUCCGUGGUUUUCUACUCCCGUCACUUACCAAAUACAUGCCUGUGUGGUGUGCAAUACUGGUAAGUUCAGUUGCGUUUGCGCUUGCACAUUUUAACAUACAGAGGAUGCUGCCGCUUAUAUUUCUUGGGAUGGUAAUGGGUGUGAUAUUUACACGGUCAAGGAAUUUAUUGCCAUCAAUGUUGUUGCAUAGUCUUUGGAAUGGGUUUGUCUUUUUAGAUUUGAUGAAAUAGCUUCUUUAAACUUAUGAUGAUUCUUUAGUAAGCAGGUAGUAGCCUAUUUUUGUAGAUAGCAAUGCUUUGGAUCAGCAUCUUCAGUAGCAAAUUCAUGCUAGAACAGUACCUAAUUGUUAAGGUACAAUGACCAAACCAAGUGUAUUUGUAAUGGAUUCUUACAACUGUAUAUUAUUAUUAUAUAUCAUGGACCUACUUUGUCUGUAUCUGAU